AUGAUCACAAAGGGAGACGCAGCUCUGAGUAGUAUUUCAGUUCUGUUCGGUGGAGUUACUACACUUUCAAUGAAGAUGGAAGAAGGAUGCCCAGUUUGCGAAAGAUAUAAAGGUCGAGGCCUUGGCGGAGGGAAAGACCACUCGGGCCGUGAGGAACCUCCUGGAGCCAGUGCAGCAGAGAUGAAGCUGUUCCUCAUUCUGCUCCUCGCUACAGUGGGCGUGGUGAUGGCGCAGCGUGACCUGGGGAGGUACACGGCAGGGCGGCCCAUCAGCGGGGGCGUGUACCCGGGUAUCCAGCCGUUCGGGGGAGGAGGCUUCCAGCGCUCUUCCUUCCGUCGCUACGGGCGUUCGCUGCAGCUCCCUCCCAAACACGCCCUCCUCAAGCCCGCCCCUCGACCGCACCUCGCGCAGCUUACGUCCGCAGAGGCACUAUGAGACGAAGCCGUCCCCGCCUCUUGCAGCGGCGCGCUGCGGAGGCCUCCCGGUCACCCGCAGGCAGCCCUGCGCUCCCUUGGCAGGCGCCCGCCCGCCUGUCGCCAGCGCAACGAACAUCAUUUACGUCCCUGCUAAUCAGGGCUGGCUGCAGGUGUGAAAAGUAAAAAGACAUUAGUCAC